AUGGCGUUACUCCUACGCUUUACUAUCUCCUGUGUUCUCUUAUCGUGCCACUGGUCAUGGACCAAUGCGGAACUGUUCACUGCCAUAUCAGACGUCGAACCUCUUUUGGAGACACACAAACGGAUCAUAGAUGACCUGGACGAAUAUAUCCUUAAGGAAGAAGAAAGAUUAAAUGUUUUAAAAAGACACCUGAAAAUAUAUAAAAGAGAGCACGAAAUAGCAAUGGAAGAUAUUCCCAACUAUUUGGGAAAUCCUAUUAAUGCGUUCACACUUAUCAAGCGAUUGACGUCUGAUUUGGAUCACAUCGAACACAGCAUUGAGAUCGGAACAGAUUAUAUAAAGAACUUGACAGUGAACCAUGCUGAUGUUAAAUACCCAACGUUGGAAGACCUUGCAGGCGCCGCCCAAGCUCUCACGAGAUUACAAGAAACGUACCAUCUGGAAGUCUCUGAAUUGGCUGAAGGAAGACUUAAUGGAGUCAACUAUAGCGCACCAAUGAGUGCGGGCGAUUGUUAUGAGCUUGGUAAAGCUCUCUACAACGAAAAAGAUUACACGAACGCUCUUGCAUGGAUGACAGAGGCUAUGCGAAAGUAUAAAGAGGAAAACCAGCCUUAUUUGUUCAAGGAACUCGAUAUUAUGGAAUAUAUUGGAUUCUCUCACUAUUUAUUAGGUGAUGUAAAAUCUGCACUAGAAUGGACAAAAAAGAUGCUAUCUCUGGAUCCGAAACAUGAGCGCGCGCGCGGUAAUGUUCCUCAUUACAAUAAGAUUAUAUCAGAAGAUGAAGAAAAACUACGGAGACGAAGGCGCGGGGACACUGGGAAAGAUUUAGAGGAAGAAAUCACACAAAAGCCGCCAACACUCACUCCAUACGCGAAAGAGAGAAAGGUUUAUGAAAAACUCUGCCGUGGCGAAGUGGAACUUCCACAAGAAAUAACUAAAACGUUAACCUGCAGAUAUUUAACAGAAGCCCAUCCUUUCCUGCGAUUGGCAGCCGUGAAGAUGGAAUAUAUGUAUCGGAACCCCGAUAUUGUUGUAUUCUAUGACGUACUCACUGACCAGGAAAUAGAUCAUAUCAAGAAGAUGGCUAAGCCAAGGUUCAAACGUGCUACGGUCCACGACCCAAAAACGGGCGAACUAGUUCCAGCCCACUACCGCAUCAGCAAGUCCGGGUGGCUGAAGGAUGAAGAGUCUUCCAUAGUGGCUCGCGUGUCCCGCCGUGUGGCUCACUUCACAGGACUCAGUAUGACGUCUGCUGAAGAACUUCAGGUCGUUAACUAUGGGAUUGGGGGACAUUAUGAACCCCACUUCGAUUUUGCGAGGAAACAAGAAACUGCAUUUGGAAAGGCUAAUGGCAACAGAAUUGCAACAGUUUUAUUCUAUAUGUCGAACGUGGCUCAAGGUGGCGCCACAGUCUUCACGGAACUGGGUCUUAGCGUCUUCCCCGUCCGUGGCGCUGCUGUAUACUGGCUUAAUUUGCAUCCGUCUGGUGAAGGCGAUCUGGCGACACGCCACGCAGCCUGUCCUGUCCUCACUGGAUCUAAAUGGGUAUGCAACAAAUGGAUUCACCAAGGUGGCCAGGAAUUAAUACACCCAUGCAAUCUGGAGUACCAACCCGAAAGUAUGCGACGUAAAAUCCCGCGGCCGAUUCCAAAAUCAUCUAGGUAG